AGAGAGUUAGACAGCACUGCCACACUAUUGGCCAGCAGACAGGAUGACAGUGAACAGUCCAGGAAGAACCUCGUCGAGCAGAGCCGGCAGUUUAAAAAGAGCUCACCAGAGGACCUGAGGAAGCUUGUGGCUCCACUGCUGAAGAGUUUUCAGGCUGAGGUUGAUGCAUUGAGCAGGAGGAGUAAAGAAGCCGAAACAGCCUUCCUAAGUGUCUAUAAACGGCUGAUCGAUGUGCCGGAUCCAGUGUCGGUGUUGGAGUUGUCACAGCAGCUGCAGCUGAAGGUUCAGAAGAUGAACGACAUUGACACAGAGAAUCAAAAGUUACGUGAGACGCUGGAUGAAUACAACAAAGAGUUUGCUGAUGUCAAGAACCAAGAAGUGACCAUUAAGAACCUAAAGGAGAAGAUCCGGGAGUACGAGCAGAGCAUCAGGAACCAGGCACAGAAUCUAGCCCAGGAGAAACAGCAGCAGAUUCAUAAAGAUUUUGCUGAGAAAGAGAGGAAGUUCCAGGAGUCACAUGAGGCUUUGGUGUGUAAGCUGCAGGAUGCAGAACAGAAAGCUCAGACACUGCAGACAGCACUUGAAAGAACACAGACAGAGCUUUUUGAUCUGAAGACCAAAUAUGAUGAGGAGUCAACAGCAAAAGCUGAUGAGUUUGAAAUGGUGAUGAUUGAUCUGGAGAGAGCCAAUCAGAGAGCAGAAGCCGCUGAGAGAGAAGUGAGAUCACAGAGAGAACAAAUGACUUCAGCUAACAAAUUAAUUCAACUCCCAUCACAAAUCCAUAGAACUCCAAACACGCAGGAUGAGUGUGAGAUGACAUUACGUCCGAGUCUGGAGGCGGAGCUAAGUGCAAAGGAGCGUGAGAUGAUUCAGUUGGUGGAGGAUGUUCAGAGACUGCAGGGCAACCUCUCCACUCUUCGGGAGAACUCGUCCACACAGAUCAGCCAAUUACAACAACAGCUCACCAUCAAGACUGCCACACUGAAGCAACUGGAAGAGAAGCUUCAAACACAAGCAGAUUAUGAGGAGGUGAAGAAAGAGCUGAGUAUCCUGAAGUCAAUGGAGUUUGGCCCAUGUGAUGACUCUACAUUGCAGGAUUCAUGUAAACCAUUAGAAGUGCUUCUGCUGGAGAAGAACCGCAGCCUACAGUCUGAGAAUGCAUCUCUGCGCAUCGCUAACACUGACCUGAGUGGCCGUUAUGCGACUCUACAGCUGGAGUUCUCAGCAGCAGUGAAGAGCAUCUCUGAUCAAAAAGACCUCAUCCUCAAACUGGAGCAGGAUCUAAGCACCAUCCAGACUAUGUCACGGCCCGAGGCUGAGGGUGCAGACAGCACUGUGCUGAUAGUCCCUGAGCCCGUGAAAGAAGCCACAUCUCUGUUCUCAGGUGUGAGCAGCUCUCCUCAGGCAGAUCUUCCUCAGGGUCAGAUGGAUUCUCUGCUGUCCAUUAUCUCCAGUCAAAGAGAGCGUUUCCGCUCACGUAAUGUGGAGCUAGAGGCUACAAACAGUUCCCUACAGCAAACCUUACAGGCGCUGCAGAGCAAACUGGACAGCAUGCGGGCUGACAACAUCAAACUCUACGAGAAGAUCAAAUUCCUGCAGAGCUUCCCCAGCAGAGCUGGAGACAGUGAUGAUACAGUCAUGCGGUACUCAUCUCAGUAUGAGGAAAGACUUGACCCCUUCACAUCCUUCAGUAAACGGGAGCGGCACAGAAGAUAUCAGAACCUCAGCCCUUGGGACAAAGCAACACUCAGUCUGGGUCGCGUCAUUCUGUCUAAUAAGACUGCCAGAACGGUUGCUUUCUUCUACACACUGUUACUGCACUGCCUCAUCUUCCUGGUGCUGUAUAAAGCUGCUUGGAGUGAGAGUAUCGGCCGAGACUGUGCUGCAUUUUGUGCCAAGAAGUACUCCGAUCACCUGCACCGCUUUCAUGAGGAUGGAGACAUGUGGCAGUAAAUAAACCUUCAGUAGCAGAGAGAUUCACAUCACUCACAUCAGCAUCAUUCUGUCAAUCAUUAAGUCCAAAAAGCUUUAUUUAGGAACAAACUUUUAGUUUGUUAAUGAUAAUAAUUUAGUGCUUCUUUCUAUUGAUUUAUCAGUACUGGGACUUGCUCAUUUUUGCUCAUAUAUUGACUAUAUACUGGGUUAUAUGUAUUUAUUUUACAGGAAUUUUUAAAGGUUUAAUGUUAUUGACAAUAUUUACUCUCUCUGGCAUUGUUCUGAUUUUGUCACAGUUUUAAACUUUAUCAUCUCAUUACAACCAUUAUUAUUCUUUUCUGCUCCUUCUAUGAACAUUAUUUUAUAAAUAUUAUUCUAAGACCUAAAUAAAAGUGAGAGAUCAGAGGUUGAUCUUUAACUUUGUGUUAAACUCUAGAUGUAAAUAUCUUCUAGAUCAUCGAAUGAGAAAGUUAAACAUACCAUCAUGACACAAUUAUUAUAAAUGUAUUUUUCAUACUGUUUAUUUAGCGGAGUUACAUUAUAUAGACACUAUAAAAAGAUACAAAAAAAUCCUUCCUGGGUUGUUGCAUUAAAAUUUUGGUGAAGUUU